AUGCAACGCGAAGCUGAAAAUGCUACGCUAGGAGAUUGGGCGUCGAAAGAAGAUGAAUUCCAUCUUGAACAAGCUAAAAAGCGUGCUGAAAUACGAAUCAAGGAAAGUCGAGCAAAACCGAUCGAUAUUCUUGCUAUUAAUUUACGUUUGGCGGAUGAAAGUGACGAAGUCGACGAAGCUCUGGAAAUCGACGUGGACGAGCCCUACACUAUCUUUGAGAAUCUCACAUUGCAAGAGGUGGAAGAACUGCACCAAGACAUUCAAAAAUAUUUAAGCCUCGAAAAAAACCCAAAUAACCUUGAUUUUUGGAGGGCCAUGAUAGUCGUAUGUGAGGAUAAGCUCUCCGAACUUCAAGAAGACGAAAAAAAUGUUGCCGCAAAUGUUAUUGCCCCCGUCAAGGAUGAAAUUAAUAAUAUGAUGGCGGGAAAGACUUACGAGCAACUUAACAAACUUCAAAUCCAAAUUCAAAAUAAACUAUCGGGUAAUGAACCUGUUGAAGUUGAAUUUUGGGAGCAACAGUUGAAAGCACUGACCGUAUGGAAAGCAAAGGCAAAAUUAAAAGCAAUGCAUGAGAUUGUGUUGCGCAAGAGACUUGAACAGCUUCGCAAGAAGCAAAGGCAAGAAGCCAUUAAAGUACAAGAAGAAUUAGAGUCUGCGCUUGCUUCGCACAACAUUUACCAUGAUUACACGGGACAAGAAUACUCGACUGAAGAUGAUGUAGUGAAAACUCCUGAACCUAUGGUGGAAGAAUACGAUAGGUCAAUGAGUCCGAGACCUAUAGAAAGAUUAUCCAGAGAAGAUAAGCAAUAUGAGAUUAUUGAUCCAAAAGAAGACCUGAAAAAACUUAAGGAGAGGCGUAGGGAGGUAUUACGUAACCAAUUCAUACCUAUGAAGGUUCAGCCAAAGAAACCAGCUCCUGAAGACGAAGAAGAAUCAAUGGUUUCCAAGGUAUUGUAUGAACGAGAGGCCGCCAAAGAUCUGGACGAGGAUGAAGCUAUCUUUAACAUUGAGGAAGAGUUGGCUAAGACUACGUACCUAUGGCAAGACAAAUAUCGUCCACGUAAACCUCGUUACUUCAAUCGUGUCCAUACUGGAUAUGAAUGGAAUAAAUACAAUCAAACUCAUUACGACAGCGAUAAUCCUCCGCCAAAAGUUGUUCAAGGAUAUAAGUUUAACAUAUUUUAUCCAGACUUGAUUGAUAAGACUAAAGCACCAACGUAUAAGAUAGAAAGAGAAUCUGGAAAUAGUGAUACUGUAUUGAUCCGCUUUAUUGCAGGCCCUCCGUAUGAGGAUAUUGCAUUCCGCAUUGUCAACCGUGAAUGGGAGUAUUCGCAUAAAAAGGGAUUUAAAUCCAGCUUUGAUCGCGGAGUCUUGCAGCUACAUUUCCAUUUCAAACGACAUUAUUAUCGUCGUUAG